AUGAUGGCGAGCGCUGGCCCGCGCUCUGAGCGCGAGAAAAGCGAGGAUCAAUUAGCCAAUAUGGUUGACGAUGGAUUCUUGACAAAGAAACACCCAUACAGCAAAUUUCUCGCCUUUCUAGAUUUCAAGGAUGAUCCGGUUUUCAACGCUUUUCGCCGCAAGCUGGAGAGCUUUGCUGAGCAGCAUAACUUCAAGUUAACUGAUAUGGAAGGAGAGGAAAUUAAUGACUCCAAGACACGAGACGCUUGCGCCCAACGAUUUCUCGCCCGGUUCGGAAAAGAGUAUUGGGGGGAUGAGGUUGAGAAAAGGGAAAAGUACUUGACCACCAACGAUGGUCGGGACGACAACUUCCAGUGGCCAAAGGAUAAGGACCCAAUUACCAAGGCAGUCGUGAUACUGCUUUGGAAGAUCGCUGGGGGCAAGAGCAGACCCAAACGGGAGUCCAUCUCACAACUGCCCACAACCACGCGGCCGACGCAGCUGACGCAGCCUGCCCAGCCAGUUCAGCGCAGCACUCAGGCAACCCAGCCAAAUGAGCCGAGUCAAACAGGCCAAGCAAGUCAGUCAACCCAACAAAGUCGACCUAAACAACCAACCCAACCAAAUCGACCUAGUGAGACAGCUCAGCCAAAUCGAUUUACUCAGCCAACUCAGGCUGCCCGGGCAGUCCCACGAGCUCACUCUGCGGAACCGGUAACCCCGACUCGAAUCAAGAAGGAUCUCUCGGCUUCCCCUACCCUUGUCAAGAAAGUCCCUCCGCCUCCUCAGAUAGGGAAUUUCGUGCCAGCAAAGGAAAACACUUCACCAAGCGGAAAGCAAGCUCAUCGCAACUCCAUGUCUUCAUCGUCAAACUCUCUGAAGAUUGCCUUUCCCGAAAACCCUGGCGCUCAUGACCAGCGAACAUACUUUUUAGUCCGGGAAGAACGGUCCCCGGCGAAAGCACGGUCCAUUCCGUGGCAGAUGUUCAAGACUAGUUCGGAGCUGAUAGAUCGUAUGGUCUCCGAGCUGGCCCAUGGGGACGACCCCAGUGAGUGGCAGCUGCACUACGAGCUUAAUCAGUCCCGAUACUCAUAUGCAGUCGUCCAUCUCGUAUGGUCGGACUUGAAAUUUGUGAUUCGUCGAGGCAAUGACUGGGACCUGCAAGAGCUGGUGCGACAUGUUGGGUGUGGUUGGCACGCCGAUGACCAGGGCAAAAUUUCUGCGGCGGAAUUUCGUAUUGAGGUGACCUUGAAGGAGUAG